AUUUUUUAUUAAUCGGUUUUUACUAUCCUUUAUCAUCUGCACGUCACCCCGUUAAGCAUCCAUUGUGAAGCAUGCUUGAUAGUUCUCGUAUCCGCGUCGUUCUCCUUGACAUCGAGGGCACUGUCACCCCCAUUGCCUUUGUCCACAAAAUACUUUUCUCGUAUUUUCGGAAGCAUGUACUCGAAUACCUCAAAACGCAACUCGAUUCAGCAGACAAAGAAACCCAAGCUGAUGUUUUAGAAAUUUUGAAUAUUCCACUAAUUAAUACAGAUGAAGCGGGCAUCUCAUGUCCUCAGAACCUUGACAUAACUCUCUCUGAAAACAGAAGCACUAUCAUAGAUAUCGCGAUGUCUAGGAUAUCGAUUAUGAUGGACGAGAACAGAAAAGACUCAUCAUUAAAACGAUUACAAGGUCGUGUAUGGAAAAAAGGGUUUGAAUCAAGAGAAUUGGUGAGCGAGGUCUACCCAGAUGUAUUGAGAGCAUUCGAUCGAUGGAAAGCCUCCCAAACGCCGAUAUUUAUUUAUUCGUCGGGGAGCAUCAAUGCUCAAAAACUUUUAUUUGAACACACGAAAAACGGCAGUCUAUUGCCCUACAUAGCCGGACACUUUGACACAAGCAUUGGACACAAACUCUGUGUUGCGAGCUACCAAACAAUAUGGGAGUCGAUAAGAGGGCAGUUAGAACAAAGGUUUCCGAAGUUGGCAGAAAAUGAAGUUUUGUUUGGUACUGACAACAUAAAAGAAGCCCAAUCUGCAAAGGAAGCAGGUAUGAGCGUAUUUUUAUCAAUAAGAGAAGGAAAUGAACCAGUUCCAUCCAAUCAUGGAUUUGAAGAAGUCGACAAUUUUGACAGGCUGUGGGAACUGUAUAAUUUUGAUAAAAAUUGA